GCCAAAGAUCCAUCUUGCCAAAAAAUUCUUCCCGAAAAACAACCACAGUCCAAAACCACAGCGCCACCAAAUAUCAACCCAUCAGUAGAACCACUGCCUAAACCCACAGCCCCACCAACACCUCCAAAAUUCCAACCAUGUUCAACCAUCACCCAGCCACUCCAUCACUCACAGUACCCACCCCCGAAACCUCAAAGCCCAGCCACCCUCUCCACGAGUUCAUCAACCCCGCGUCACCCAUACCUCAAGACUACUCACUGUCAACCACAAACCAAAAGGACCAAACCAAAAAAAUCACCCCCAUAGUUGAAACCCUACCCCUUUCACACUGAUUGGUCCAGAAGAAGGAAACGGGCAAGGUUCAAAACAAGACAUUUCCUGGCAAGAAGAAACCCCCUUGCAGUGUCUAAGUUCGGUGUGAACCGGUUGGGCCGUGGGAAGAAAGACACGGACUGGGACAAAAGGGGACCGAAGAAGAAGAGGCAGGUGCGGCUAGCCAACAACCGGGGCUUCAAGUUCAAGGUGUCGGCAAUUCAGUGUUCAGCAAGGAAGAGGCUCGGGAAGGAGACCAGGUCGUGGCUAAGAGUGGCGGGCACAGGCCAGCGGCAGGGAGCAGGGCUCGGGAGGAUGGGUAGCGAUCCAGAGGAUCCGACGGAGCGCGGUUCUCCUCCGGAUGGCGUUUCAGGUCACCGGCGGCCACCCAGACGUCCGCCAGACGGUGAUUAUGCAAAGGGGGGUGAUUCCGGCGUAAACCACGGCAGCCCAGAAUUUUCCAUCGAGCACAGGGGCGAGCCUCCAUGCGAUUCUGUGAUGGAUGCAGAGAUACCGGCCAAUGAUCGACAAUUUCCGGUGAGCAAGGUGGACAGAGGAGCAUGCUCGGGCUUGACUGGCGGAGGAAGAUUGAAGAUUGGACCCGAGAUUUCCGAAUUUUUUGCUGCAGGAGAAUUCAACCCAGAAUCUGCUAGAGGAAAAUGGAAAGAAGUUGCAGUUGGAAGGGAAGGGACGCACGUUAGAGCAGCUAGCGGCGUGAAAUCCGGGCAUCUAGUAGAGAGAAAUAUGCUGCCCGAUCUUGCUACCCCUAAAUGGAAGAUUGCGGAUAAGGGAAACAUGGAAGCUACGAUUUGGGGGAAUCAACGUCUGUGAUGCUGAGUUUACGUCAGCAGCAAUUGACAGCAUUUUUAGGACCUUGGGGACAAGGUCCAUUUUAAGGGGGUUGGAGUGUUACGUACCCAAGCUUGAUCAUCAAUCUCAAACGCACAGCUAAAAAGAUCAAGUCAUGGGGAACUACAUUGGGAAGAUUUGGAAGUGGCUGAUCGAUGCGAGAAGUACUUAAAACAAGUAAGUAAUGUCAGCUGGCUACGUUAUCAAGUUAUACGGUGUUUGUAUAGCAGUCUACUAAAUAAUUUUCGUCUUGAGUCGUGGUUAUUGUUCAUACAGUCCUUUGUUUUUAGAUUUUGUAGGAAUGCCUUCUGCUGCAAGGUCUCCUAUACGUACAUUUUACACACAAAAGCAUGCAAUAUUCAUUUGUUAGUGUAUCAUUUCUGUUUUGAUUUGUAUGUAACAGUGAUAGUGGAUUAGACAUUUAAAGGGGAAGCUGAGAAGGUGCUUGUUUCAUCUUUUGUAAUUCCCCUUAUAUUUAAAGAUGAAAAGGAGUCCUUGUUUUCACCAA